CCUCCCCCUCCCUCUGCCUUCCCGGAUUUAUCCCUGAAGUUUUUCUCCCUUCCAGGGCGGUGUGAACUCAACUUUUCUCCCUCUUUUUUUUCGACUUUAAAGUUAAAAAAAAUGUCGCCGCCGUCUCGACGCCUUCAGACGAAGCCGGUGAUCACCUGCCUGAAGACUUUCCUCAUCUCCUACAGCCUCAUUUUCUGGUUCACGGGAGUGAUCCUGCUGGCCGUCGGCGUGUGGGGGAAGGUCAGCCUGGAGGCCUACUUCUCUCUGGCCUCCGAGGAGAGCACCAACGCGCCGUACGUCCUCAUCGGGACCGGGGCCAUCAUCGUCAUCUUCGGCCUGUUCGGAUGCUUCGCCACAUGCCGCGGCAGCCCGUGGAUGCUCAAACUGUAUGCCAUGUUUCUGACCCUGGUGUUCCUGGCGGAGCUCGUGGCCGGUGUCUCGGGCUUCGUCUUCAGACAUGAGAUCAAGGCCAAGUUGGGCGUCGCCUAUGAGAACGCCGUGCUGAACUACAACGGCACCGACGCCAGCAGCAGCAGCUCCGCCGUGGACAGCAUCCAGAGGACCCUGCUGUGCUGCGGGGUGAACAAUUACACGGACUGGAAUCACACAAAGUACUUUAAAGACAAUGGCAUCCCUGUCAGCUGCUGUAAGUCCAACUCCAACUGCUCACCGGAGACCCUGAAGGACUUCAAAAAGGCCGAGACGGAGGUGUACACAGUGGGCUGCUUCGCUCAGGUGACCCGUGUGAUGGAGUCCAACCUGGGAAUCGUGGCAGGCAUCUCUUUCGGGAUCGCGUUCUUCCAGCUCAUUGGGAUAUUCCUGUCCUGCUGUUUGUCUCGAUACAUAACCAACAACCAGUAUGAGAUGGUCUAACGUGGACCUUCCACAGGUCUCCGAUGGGCAGCUCUUCAUGCACAUUGAGUUGAAAGAAUCUCCUGUUAUUUUACUAUUGUGUGUAUGUGUUAGAUGAUAUUAUUUUAGAAAGGGAAAAACAUUCACAGCUUUUUCUUUUAUUCGCCACUGACAAAUGAGUAGACAGGAGGGGGGAAAGGAAGCUAAAACCGGGAUGUUAUGUGCAGUGUAGUCUGAAAUUAAAGGGACCUGGAAAGUUUGGUCAUCAUUUGUUACUCCAGAGAUUUAAAUAUUGAUUUCUAUUUAGCCUAGAUGUUACUCGUCCAUAGUUUCAUUUGUUGUGUCUUUUGUGUUAUGCAGCUGCCUUAUUUUGUAAUUCUGCUUUUAAAAGAAAAAAAGUCUGCAGAUGAUAAUGUUAAACGUCUCUGCAACACUUAAGUGAAUUUCUGCGUAUACGUGUGAAGCCAAAAUAAGCCUGAGAGAUGGACAAAGGGGGGGGGGGGUCUCCAACCUGACAUCUGGUCAGCGUGACUCCCAGUAAGGGACCUGUGAAUGAGGCCUAGUGCCCACGCAGGCCAGUCCUGUUGAAAACGGGCACGCCUGUGUGCCGGGUUACAUUUGCCAGCCAACUUCAUAUUCCAGUCUGCAGUGUUGAAUUGUUAUUCUUUUGUGGAUGCAUGUGAAAUACUUUACAAAAAAUAAAGAUUAAAUUUAGCAUCUUUAA